AUGUCUGCUGUUUUUCAUAAUGUGAACAAUCUCAUAUUUUUUGGAGUCACCGCUGUGGUGAUGGUGACGAGUUUCACGCUAAUAGCCGUGAUCACAGGCUUCCAACACGAGACGAAGAAGUUCAAGACCAUGGUGGUGACGAUUGUGCUAGUAUUGCUGUUCCAGUUCAUCGUCCUCGAUCCUAUCAGAUUCAUUGUGCUGUCCAUCGACUCGGCCACCUGGCCGAAGAAGCACAUCAUGAAUUACAAACCGGAAGCCGCCAGGGAAAAGUAUAACCACUUGGACUACCUGAGGACGAGGUUAAAGAGCCUGAAGUCUCAGCUUAUGAUCACCAUUCAACACCGUAACGAGAAGCUAAACGAGAAGUACAGCCAUAUAACCCACGAUCUGAAGCUGUACGGGACAUACUUCCUUCUGCUGCUGAUGGUGGUGAUUGUGCACCAGGAUCCGCUGCUCUACUACAACACGAACGCUGUGGUGACCCUCAUGUCCCACAAUACAAGCAAUACUCUCGGCAUAAAGGAGGUCCUGACCUUGGAUAAGGUGUACGACUUCAUCGAGCUGACACUGAUCAAAGGCUUUAAUCCGGAUACGAGUGCUGACACCGGCUGGCUUCAAAUCCGGCAGAUGAAGAGACUGGGCGUAAUCCGGCUACGGCAGUUGCGUCAUAUUUAUUCCCCCAAUCCCUACGAUACACUGUGGGACAGUGUAUCGAGAAUGCCCGCGUGGAGCGAGCCGUACCAGCGGCUCCACUACGAGGAUAAAUACUGGCGGAUCUACGAACCGUGGAGACCCAUCACCCACAUGCCGACCUUGGAGGAUGGGCUGCUGCUGAACUUCAAUCAUUAUGGAUUCGACGUGGAUUACCCGGAAUUGCUAGGCUAUGCGGCCCUGCUAACCACAGGGCCGCACAACAGCCUUAAAGUGUUGAAAUACCUCAAGGUCUACAACUGGAUUGACCAUAAAAACACCUCGGCGUUUUUUAUCGACUUUACCAUGUUCAAUGCUGAUGCGAACAUCUUCACUGUGUGCACGCUGGUGGUGGAGUACACUCCGUUCGGAUAUCAUCUGACCCGGGCGUCGGUGCAGAGUGCCAAGCUGCUCGAGAGCCUCGACCAGAUGAGCCAUGUGAAGAUAAUCGUUAUGCUCCUCUACCUGAUCAUAGUCAUUCAAUUUGGCCGCAGCCUGGCAGUCAAGCUGUGGUACAAUCAUGAUGCCAUCAAAAAGGCCUGGAACAAGGUGGACGUGAUCAUCUGCACUAUGAACUUGAUCUUACUUGCGCUCAUAUUGCUCCGCGAGUACGAGGUGAGCAAGCUAUUGAAGUUGCUCAAGGAGUCCACCACGAGAGACUAUCUCGACUUUCAGCGGCCUACGCGGCUCUACCUGCUGAUAAAUAUUGUUAUGGGCUUCCUCGUGUGCAUUACUACACUGCGCCUCUGGAAGGUGCUCCAGUUUGCCAGCGUCUUCGCCGUUUUUUCCAAAACGCUGUAUCUCGCCUGGCCAGCAGUGGCCAGCACCGCACUCAUCAUUAUUAUCUUCCUGAUGGGCCUCGGCAUGGCUGUGGCCAUCAUCAACGGCAACAACAGCGAGUACUUCCAAAAGCUGGUCAAGUGCAUCAUCGCCUGCCUAUGCUUUGCCUUCGGCUUUAGCUCGGAGGUUCAUCCUACUGAUAUGUUUCACGGCGGAAAGUCUCUAGGGAUCGUUCUCUACCUAGUGCUGGUCUUCAUCAUUGCUGUGGUUCUCAUGAACGUUUUCGCCGCCCUGAUCUUCUCCUACUUCGAGAGCGCCGAGCAGGACCGUAAGGAUGCAACGCGCCAUAGCCGCAUAAACUACCUGCAGUUCCUCCGUCUCGAGUUCGCCAACACACUCAAAUUCUGUGGCAGCGGCUGCCGCUUGUUUCGCAAGAGCUACCAUCCCCAAGGCCGCACUGUCCACGAGAAUAUCGAAUGGGAGCUGUAUAGGCGCGAGCUACUCAGAGCUAAGACGAGCAGUUUAGUGGUUACUAAAAAGCCCAGCGAUGAGGAGCUGCGCUUCCAGUAUCGCCAGCGUAUCGAGCUGCUACUCGGCCUAUCGGCCAUCCUGACUGUCCAGGUGGAGUUGGUCGAGCGACUGCUGCUUGGCGACAAGAAUGGCGAACUUCCAGCCACUUCAGAGUCGGACGACUCCGAUGUACCCGAGAUGUAUCGCAAGCAUAAAGACUGAAAAUAAAAAUACCAAACCUUUUCCCAUGAGCAAUUCUUUAUAAAAAUGUCAGAUAUCUUCGUAA